UUUCUGAAAAAUCAAUCACAGAAAUGAAAAAUCGAACAUCUGUGACAGAUUUCAUCCUCCUGGGUCUGACUGAUAACCCAGAUGUACAGGUCAUGAUUUUCUUCUUUUUAUUACUCAUGUAUGUAAUGAGUGUCACUGGAAAUCUUACUAUCAUCAUUCUUACCUUGCUGGAUUCCCACCUAAAGACCCCUAUGUACUUUUUCCUCAGGAAUUUCUCCUUUUUAGAAAUUUCAUUUACUUCUGUCUGCAAUCCUAGGUUUUUGAUCAGCAUCCUAAGUGGAGACAAAUCUAUUUCCUAUAAUGCUUGUGCAACUCAGCUAUUUUUCUAUAUCCUCCUUGGUUCAACAGAGUUUUUUCUUCUGGCUUCUAUGUCCUAUGAUCGUUACGUAGCUAUCUGCAAACCCCUACAUUAUACAGUCAUUAUGAGUAACAAGAUCUGCUACCAGUUGGUAGGCAGCUCUUGGCUGGCUGGUUUCUUGGUCAUCUUUCCACCACUGACCAUGGGCCUGCAGCUGGAUUUCUGUGACUCCAAUAUCAUCGACCACUUCACCUGUGAUUCUGCUCCUUUACUGCAAAUUUCUUGCACAGACACAAGUACUUUAGAGCUCAUGUGCUUUGUUUUAGCUGUGCUGACUCUUAUGUCCACUUUGACGUUAAUAAUUCUCUCCUAUUCUUACAUCCUCAGAACAAUUUUGAGAAUCCCCUCAGCUCAACAAAGAAAAAAGGCCUUUUCAACCUGUUCCUCCCAUAUGAUUGUUGUCUCUAUCUCUUAUGGAAGCUGCAUCUUCAUGUAUGUGAAAACAUCAGCAAAGGAAGGAGUUGCUUUGACAAAAGGAAUAGCUAUGCUCAAUACCUCUGUUGCCCCUAUGCUGAACCCAUUUAUUUACACCUUAAGGAACCAGCAGGUGAAACAAGCAUUUAAGGAUGUUGUAAAAAAGUUACGCUCCUCAAAAACAUUUCUCUGGCUGUAAUUUAUAACUGAAACAUACACAGUUUUAAACCAAGAACCAAUGAAUGAUUUUUAAAAAUACCUUCUCUGUCGUCUUUUAUGUCUUCUCAGAAUUACAAUUGUUUAUGCUAUUUUGGAUAUAAAAUCUUUAUAUUGCAAAUCCUUCUUAAAUAACUUUGAGAUUUUAUUUGCUUAUUUUUAGAAAGAGGG